AUGCCCAAAAAGCAGCGAAUCAGGAGAUUUUGCAGCCGAUCCAGCAACCGGCAACUCCAGAGCUCCAACAAUAGCUUCUGGAUCGGGCAAUUCGGCACACCUUUUGGAUUUGAGUCCAACGAUUUAGCAGCGACAUUUGGCGACCCCAGACCUCUAGCAACGACGACUGGAUCAGGAGAUUCGACAAUUGAAUCAACGUUCGGCAACGGCAGACCUCCAGCAGCAGCCUGUGGCUCCGGCUCCGGGAUUCAGCAGCACCCCAGGCGAGAAUGGCAAGCAACAACGUUACUGCACUUCAACAAAAAUAGCUCCGUCGUCGCCCCACCAACUCAUCGUCGCCACCACCACCGCUCCACAAUCGACAUGCAAUUCCAAACCUAA